GGCAGUUCCACGCUGGGACGUGCACGCACUACGGUUCCCGCCUUUAGACUGCGCUGGCGAUUCCUGGGAGAGGGCUGAUGACGUCAGCGUGCGGGCUCCAUGGCAGCUCGGCGGCGGGGGACUGCCGGCGGCAGAGCGCGAGCUGAAAGAGUUAAUAAUGGCAAAACAGUUGCAGAAGACCCUCCUCCUGCAAAGAAAAUUCGAAAAUGUCACAGGGUGAAAAAGGAGCCUGUGGCUGAAGGAAAGGCAGAUAAUGACCGGACUGAAGACAAGCAAGAGUCUGUGAAGACCUUGCUAUUAAAGGGCAAAGCUCCCGUGGACCCAGAGUGCACAGCCAAGGUGGGGAAGGCCCAUGUGUACUGUGAAGGAAAUGAUGUCUAUGAUGUCAUGCUAAAUCAGACCAAUCUCCAGUUCAACAACAACAAGUAUUAUCUGAUUCAGCUGUUAGAAGAUGAUGCCCAGAGAAACUUCAGUGUUUGGAUGAGAUGGGGCCGAGUUGGGAAGACAGGGCAGCACAGCUUGGUGGCUUGUUCCGGAGACCUCAACAAGGCCAAGGAAGUCUUUCAAAAGAAAUUCCUUGACAAAACAAAAAAUAAUUGGGAGGAUCGUGAGAAGUUUGAGAAGGUGCCUGGAAAAUAUGAUAUGCUACAAAUGGACUAUGCCAGUAAUACACAGAAGGAAGAGGAAACAAAGAAAAAGAAAUCUCUUAAAUCCACCUUGAAACUAGAGUCACAGCUAGAUCUUCGUGUACAGGAGCUGAUAAAGUUGAUCUGUAAUGUCCAGGCCAUGGAAGAGAUGAUGGUAGAAAUGAAAUAUGAUACCAAGAAAGCUCCACUUGGGAAGCUGACAGUGGCACAAAUCAAGGCAGGUUACCAGUCUCUUAAGAAGAUUGAGGAUUGCAUUCGGGCUGGCCAGCAUGGACGAGCUCUCGUGGAAGCAUGCAAUGAAUUCUACACCAGAAUCCCACAUGACUUUGGACUCCGUACCCCUCCAUUAAUCCGGACAGAGAAAGAACUGUCAGAUAAAGUACAACUACUGGAGGCUUUGGGAGACAUUGAAAUUGCAAUUAAACUGGUGAAGACAGAACUGCAAAACCCGGAACACCCAUUGGACCAACAUUACAGAAAACUACAGUGUGCCUUGCACCCUUUAGACCAUGAGAGUUAUGAGUUCAAAGUGAUUUCCCAGUACCUACAGUCUACCCAUGCUCCCACACACAGUGACUAUACCAUGACCUUGCUGGAUGUCUUUGAAGUUGAAAAGGAGGGUGAAAAAGAAGCCUUCAGAGAGGACCUUCAUAACAGGAUGCUACUCUGGCAUGGCUCCCGGCUGAGUAACUGGGUGGGAAUCCUGAGCCACGGGCUUCGAAUCGCCCCGCCUGAGGCUCCCAUCACAGGUUACAUGUUCGGAAAAGGAAUCUACUUUGCUGACAUGUCUUCCAAGAGUGCCAAUUACUGCUUUGCCACUCGCCUAAAGGAUACGGGGCUGCUGCUCUUAUCAGAGGUAGCUCUGGGUCAGUGUAAUGAGCUACUCGGGGCCAACCCAGAGGCAGAAGGAUUACUUCAAGGCAAACACAGCACCAAGGGGCUGGGCAAGAUGGCUCCCAGUCCUGCGUGCGCCAUCACCUUGAAUGGGAGCACAGUGCCAUUAGGACCAGCAAGUGACACAGGAAUUCUGAACCCGGAGGGCUAUACCCUCAACUACAACGAAUUUAUCGUCUAUAACCCCAACCAGGUCCGUAUGCGAUACCUUCUAAAGGUUCAAUUUAAUUUCCUGCAGCUGUGGUGACUGUUGACAUUAAAGAUAUGAUAAACCAGAGAAGAUAUGGCCUUCAAGCAAGAAAACAGGCAAUGUUGUACUUUUGAUUUUUCUCAUAUUUUCUGUAAUAAAGAUAGUAAAAAUCUA